GCUUGCGUGAGGAGGUUGUGUGUUGCGUGUGCUCGUCGAUUUUUUCACCCUUACGAAUAACGAACCCAAAUAGUGCAGUGCAUUUAAUAUCAGCUCUUAUGACCAAUGGAAGCGAGAGAUGCCACCUUUUCAACUACUUCUUCCGCACCUUGAUCGACUCGACGUGAUAAAGGCUAAUCAACGAAGUGAACAUUUACGCUCGUAUCGCAUCUAUGAAAUGCCUUUGUUUUCGGAGACGAAAUUUUGCCUCUAUUAAAAUGAAUAGUUAUUUUUAAUGAAUUUAAUUGCAGUAAUUUUUUUAGAACAUCAUUCGUGAUGUUAAUAUGACGCUCUUGAAAGUUCUUCUCGUCGGAAGUAUUUAACAGUCACGAGCUACUGUAGCUCAUUGUCGUGAAUUGGUGCAUCUUCUAUGCGUUAGGAAUUUGAAAGUGAGAUUACGCUUCGGUGAGCCUUCUUUCAAUCUUUGAAUGACAACAAAUGCAAGCAAUUCUUUCCAACCGUUCAGUUUGCUGUUUCUCGAGCCUGGGAAAAUGAACAAUAUGAAAUUGCAUACAAAAGCGACUCUCCGUUCUUCUAGAGAAGUCUUCGGCUGACACAGAAAUUUAUUCUACGUUUCUUCCUCGCCCAAUUCGAGAUUUGUCAAGCAAAGACGCCCUACUACCAAAAAAUGUUUAUAAUUAUAUAAACAUAUCCCAACUCUUUAACUCUUCAUCAUCCCAACAUCGCAGUGAAUUUGAAACAAGUACAUCAUAUUUUUAUCCUUGAAAAACUAUCAGCAAUAUUCAACACAAAUGCUUCGCAAUUGUGGAUUUGUACAAGGUAUUGCCCUCGCAGCCGUUCUCUCGAUUGGAUCAAAACCUUAUAUAAUUCCUCUGCUGCUAACUCGUAGAGCGAUCAGCUGUCUACAAGGUAACAAUAUUAACAAUUAAGAAGUCGUCACUAACAACAAUCACGUAUGGUUCUCCUGCAAACACAGGUUGUAUUAUGCACAGGAACUGUCAAGAGACCCAAUUUAAUUCUCCAAACAGCGGAUACUAUUCAGCGGUAUAAAAACAUUGGAAUAAAUCGGAAAAUGAAUACAGAAACAUGCAUAUGGAGUAUUUUGAGUGCAAGCUCGUCCACCGAGGGCAUGCAAGGCUCCCUCAGACACUCCAGAGGCAUGGCGAGCGGCUCUUCCCUUCCCUCCAGCAGCGUCGUCCGCCUCUUGCUGGGGCUGAGCGUCCUCAUGCACGUGGCGCUGCCCGCCGUGCGCGCAGCCCCGCCCCAGAAUAACACUUCCCAAGCUGCAGAGAACCUAACACUGAGCACCGCGUCGCCGGAUACGGACGGCAGCGGCAGCGUACGAGGCACAAGGAGUAGACGGUCUGUCAAGGACCUGUACAACAUGCUUACCUGCUCCACAAACUGCGACCCGCUCUCCUACAAAGGAUACGGCUGCUACUGCGGCUUCAUGGGCGCCGGCGCGGUCGUUGACGGCAUUGACAGGUGCUGCAAAAUUCACGACUGGUGCUACGAGACGGCAAGGCAAUGCUCGGGACUACAGUGGUACAUGGCUCCUUACGACUGGCACUGCUAUUAUGGGCAUCCUAUAUGUGCUCCUGCGCCGCGCUGGCGCCGACGGUCCUGCGGCCAGCAGCUGUGCGAGUGUGACCGCGCGUUCGCCGAAUGCCUCCGCCACCAGCCGUGCCCAGGACCGAAGGCGAUGUGUGUGUCGUCCCCGUGGAGGUUAGCACAGAACGUCUUCAUGGGCGUCGUCGGUAAAACAGGCUUCGAGCAUGCCGACAACCUCCUCUACUGAUCCAGUCGCGCUAGUCUUGCCUUCCUCCUCACGUCAAGUUGUCUGUAAUAACCAUCCCCAAUGAUUUUAUUGAUAGACACCAUUCACCAACCUCAAUGAUCGUAUUGAUAGACACCACCACUAAUGAUUGUAUUACUUUUAUAGUCAUCAUCCAUAAUGAUUGUAAUGAUAGUCAGCACCCCUAAUGAUUGGAAAAGAAUUCACUACACGCAAUGAUAACAAAAACAAUAAACGGAAGCCGGUGAAAACGUCACUGGUUCGUUUCGGUGCACUUCACGAAUGUCGUUUUUCUAACUUGCUUGAUGUUCCUGAAUUAAUAAUUCGAGAGGGAAAGUUCCUUACACUUUUUCGACUGCCAGUCUAUUUUAGUCCUUUUCCAAUUUUAUAUUAAAAUAAAUUUCUGUCAUUAGAACUAAACUGGUUGCAUGAGUGUUUGCCAUAUACGAUGCAUUUAAAGCGCAUGCUGAAAUGCAUCUCGUAUAGAACCUACCGGUAGCCCGCUCCUGUUGACCACUCAUUGAUCUAAGCAAAAGUUGCUCGUCGUUGCAGCAAACUCGCUUAAAUUGCAACUCUUUUCUUGACAAUAUCAAGCCCAGCAUCUAAGCACCACACAAUUACUGCAAUGAAUCAUUUGAAUUUUUCUGUGUAUCAACGAAUCUGACACACAAAUUGCUUUCAUGUUUCGUGGAAUUGGUAAAAUCGUAAACUGCGUUUGUGAAUCUCAGUUUUUCAGUGGCUUCGGUGCUUCAUCAUAUUUUUGGCGGUUAAUCCUUAGUGAUUCGAAUAAACCCAUAUGAGCCCUCUGCACAUGGCAUGCUUUGAUGUUUCCUGCACUUACUCCUCAAAAACGCAAUCUCUGCACCUACCGUCUUCGUUAUUACUUCAGUAUUGCAAGUAGCUUCUGUCACAUGUGCUUGCUGAAAUGCCGCCUAAUCGGUCUAUUAAAUUUAUUUUGAUGAGUUCAUACAUAAUUAAUAUCGUUGCUUAUUCAUCAGUGCGUUAGAAAAUAUUUAAGCUGCUUUGUGUAGUUUUCCUAACGCUUGUUCCUAUCAGAGAUGUCGCGAUUGCACCAUUAAUGAGAUACGUAAUACUAUGACGCAGUUAAUAUUUAAAAUAUGCGUCAUGCACAAAAUACUGUGCGGAUCUAACAUAUUGUUUGGAAUUUUACUAUAUUUUUGGUUGUUGCACAUCUAAUCCAUUGUUUAUGUCCCACUGUUUUGCUUGAGCCAGAUUUUAGAGUCCUACUCUUUUGAUUGACCACUGUUGAGCCUAAAUCUCGAAUUAGUUAGAUGCUUGGACUGGUAUUUUCAGAGCACAAAUUUACGUUUGUUUGAUUCUCUCUCUUAAGCUCAGUAUUAAUAUUGUCUUUAGAUCAUCGAGAUCAAGCUGAGUGGCGUUCGAGCUGCAUGUCGUGAUGCGGCUCAUAUGUUCACCGCUUAAUAAGGGCUCGAAGAGACAAGAACUUUUGACAAGAAUUUGUGGGUGUGUCAUUUUUUACAAUGCUUGCGGAUUUAGAUAAUUGCUAAUUAAUCUCGAGUUGGCUUCAUUCCCAAAAUCAUUCGAAGUUAUUCAUAAUGAUUCAUGGGAAUGGCUCUUCAUUUUUUCGGCGUUGCGCUCAAGUCUUUCGUCUUUUGUUUGAUUUGUCCACGUUGCUGAGAAGCCAAAUUCACGUUGCUUACAUAAUUACUCGAGGGGCUUGUACAUGGAGUGUCCUCGGUUUCAUGGAGAAUACAAGUAAUGCUAAUGUCCACUUCUGUUUCGAAGUAGCGCUCAAAUUAUAAUGAGUUAACUAAAUUCAUGAACUGAGGGUCGGUUAUCACACGGUUAAGCUCAAUGUCAACGUGUGGCCGUAAUCUGAAUGCAAGGGAAGCUCGCGCAUCACUGACUCAAAGUAAAGGAUGCGAUGGUAGAAAUCACUCAUCAGAUACUCAGUAUUUUGUAAGAAGUGGAUUCUCAAGUCAGUAUUUUUUUAUAGUAAAAGUAGGACGCAUCGCUCAAUACAUUUUGCUGGUUGAGAGGUAGUACUGAGGAGACACGCUUGUUUAUUUUCAUAAUGAUGCCCUCAUGAAAAUAAGGGCAUCACUAAGGUCCGACUAUUGACUUAAACAACCUUAUUAACAAUCGUCUCUUUCUGAUUCAAGCCGAAGCAAAUCAAUUAUUGAUCAAUUUUUUUCUGACCCUGUGACGUUCAAUUAUUGCUAUGUUUACAUGCAUUAUUUAUUUCAAUUACAAACGAUAUCAUCCAUCAUCACUUUGUUCUAGCUCUAAUAAAUUGAUUCUGGCAAUUCGUCCGGAUUUUGCUGUCAGGUAUUAUUUUGAAUUAGGUUAUUCUAGUGAUGUGAACUUCGGUAUUGCGUCCCUGCAGCAUCGGCCACUGCGGUGAUUACUAAAAGAAGUUAGUUUACUUAAUUUUACACUGAAUAUGACCGGAUAUUUUGCUAUGGUAAACUAAUAUUAAAUAAAAUUGUGCUACAAAGAAUAUUUUUUCUGAACAUAAAUUUAAUGAUGAAAAAGUCCCUUCUUACUCAAUUAGGACAAGUUUUCUCUUAAUUAAAGUCUUAAAUAAAAGUUUGGUCGAAUUAGUAAUUAAUACGGAUCUGGUGUCGGGCGAAGACAGUUCGUCUUAAGCUAUUGCGAUGUCAGUUUUGUUAGGGAUAUGUAUUGCUGGGGAUGACCGAGCUGUCUCGUGAUGUCCCGGCAUUUGCGCUUUUGAAGUUCUGCGUUACUUGCGAAAGCUUCCAAAUGACUUGAAUUCAUCUAGCAAGAAACUAAUCACUAUGACUGCUGCAGGAUUUUUUCAUGUCAACAAAUUGCCCGGUUCAAAAGUUCAGCCAAAUACAUUACGAUAACUGCCAUUGUGUUAACGACGACACGCAUAUCUAUAAUAAUUGUGUAUAAUAUUACUGCAACAUAAAUAUUUCGCGGGCAUUAUAUAUAUGAAGUUCUGUUUAAUGUAAUAAAAGAUA